UCGGAGUAGUGUCUUUUAACAGUAAAUAGUGGUAGUCCUGUAUAUACUACUAGUACUACUAGGCUCGGGUAGUAAUUAUCCUUGUCUUGUACGUAUACGAAACGUCAUAUAACGUAUACAUACCAACUACUCGAUUGAUUUCGUAUAUCGGAGUAGUGUCCUGUGUCAUGCAAUCACCGAGGACGGAUGCUGUUGCAGUAGUGGAGAUGGAGGGAGCCUUGUGGACGCAUCCUUCAACAUGCGAUACGGUUGAGAGCGCGAUGGAUGCGUCCAAGGUCCAGGAGACUUGGCUUCCCCCAGGAGUUCGCCAAUGCGCUUGUGCUUGGCGACACGGCCGUCGUAUGUAGUUCUCGCGUCCAUCGGAUGUGGUGACAGAGGAAUGAGGUCGCAUACGUGGGACGGUGGCUCGUGCUGCUGCUCGUCAGUCCAGGCUGCAAGAUGUUCGUCGGCAAAGAGCGUGAAUGAGGUGGUAGUAGAAGUCGAUGCAGUUAUUGCGCGCUGUCGUCGAGACGCAUGGAGUGCCUCCAUGAGGUCGAGGAGGGAACUGGUAGGUGGAACUUGUGUGGAAUGUACUGGCAACGCUGCUUGGGCUGGGGGAGUAGUGGGGUACAGGACGAGAGUCGAUUCGCCCCAUGCGGUGACGACAGACAACCGCCGCCGAAGCAAGGGCGACGUCGACGUGUGUUUGUACGACGUGGAGGUGGUUGUUGAGCUACUUGUAAGAUCCCAGUGGUCGCCAGCAUCUUCGACAUAGUCGUACGCUGCGUUACGUAGCUCCAUGCCUCUGCAUCCUCCAUGACCUCGUCCAUCUGCCUUGUCCUUGCUUACGUCACGGCGGCGGCGAAGGUGGCGCCGUCGAGACGAACCAUCAUCGUAGGGCCGACACGAUGCCAUUGGAAUUAUG